ACAAUUUUUACAAACAAAAUAUCAUUUUGAAAAAAUUAUUGGUUGUCGUUACUUCAUCCCAGAUAUUUCAUGUAAUAAUUAAAAUGAAAAUUAUAAUAGUGCUUAUUUUGAGUAUAUUUUUGUAUCCUCCAUUCACAACUCAAGAUGGAACAGAAGUCAAAAACAAGGUGAUUUGUUCUAUAGCUGGAGGAACUGUUAGUGCUAAUUUUGUAUUCGAUAUAAGCCAAGUGCCAAAUCGUUGUGAUAUAUUUUUGGUUUCUUCAUUUUACAUUGACCUGGUGGAUAAGGUUAAUGCUCAUUUUAGGGAAUCAGAUAAAGGUAUAAUAAGAACUUUAAAAAAAGCUCAAAAAACUGUUUUCACAAGCAUUGGGUUCUUGAUUUAUCCAGAAGGCGCAAUACCGGAUUGGUCCCCCCUUUUGAAUCCAUCUGAUAAUGAUACAUUUAAGAGUGAAUUAUUUGAUCCAUUAGUCAAGUUUUUAAAUGAAUUUAAAAUCAAUGGUUUACUGAUAAAUAUACAUUUUAUAGAUGAAAUUGAAAUUGACGAUCUCGAACACAAAAUUAAUGACUUUGUGACUAAUAUUAAAGCAAAAGUAAACAAUUUAAUAGUUGGAUUGAUAAUAAGUGGUUCGGCCUAUGAAAGUUUUCCGAAUACUUCAAUUUUUGAUUAUGCAAUAACAAAUAAAGCAGUGGAUUUUUAUAUAAUUGAUAUAUCAAAUUUAAACGUAUGUGACAAAGAUUCAGUAAAAUGUGGCCUCAGUCCAUUUGCAUCUAAUAUUACAGAUAUGUUAACUAUUCAUCAAGUUACUAGUUCUUUAAAAAAUUCAUCUAUUGAUUUUUCAAAAACAUUAGCUGCGCUUCAAGCGAGUGUAAUAAUUCCAGACGCAGUUAUUUUCAAAGACGCUAGGACUCCUUUUACAUCGUACUCUAUGGGAAUUUACGUAAAACAAACCUAUGCUGGAAUCGUCCUAUAUUCGAUUGAUAGAGAUGAUUACGAUGGCAAAUGUGGAUGUGGGAAAUGUCCAGUAAUAAACACAAUGCUUGAUGGAUGGACGGGAAGGCCACUUAAAACGUGUAUAAUAAGAAGCUUAGUAGAAGCUAACAAAUCUGUUUACAUACGCAUUGGGUUCAUUUAUGAAGAUGAUUGGUCCUCGUUAUUUGAUCCGUCCGAUAACGAUACAUUUCAGAAGCAAAUGUUUGAUCCAUUGGUCAAUUUUUUAAAUGAAUUUAAAGUCAAUGGUAUUAUUAUUGAUUUUAUAUCCAUAUAUGACGUUACCAUGGACAAUUUCGAACACAAAAUGUGUGACUUUGUGUCUAAUAUCAAAACAAAAGUAAAUAAAUUAAUAGUUGGUUUAGUCACAUCAGGUUCGAACUACCAAUAUUUUACAAAUGAUGAGCUAUUUAAUUUUACAAUAACAAAUAAAGUGUUUGAUCUUUAUAUCAUUGAUUGGUCAAAUUUAAACAUAUGUGACAAAGAUUCAGUUAAGACUGGCAUCAGUCCAGUAACAUCUAAUAUUUCGGAUAUGGUAACUAAUGAACAAGUUACUAACGAUGUAACUAAUUCAUCUAUGGAUAUAUCGAAAGUAUAUGCUAUGAUUCAAAUGUCUCCAGUAAUUCCAGACAAUCUUCUUUUCAAAGACGCUACGCAUUGUAUCACAACGUAUUCUAUAUAUUGUAACAGUACCGAUCCAACUAAUUCAUCUCAAUGGUGUACUAACCCUUCAAAACUUUCAUAUGAUCAAGGAGCUUACGCAAAAAAAUUCUAUGUUGGAAUUGUAAUACAGGUGCUUGAUUCAGAUGAUUACGAGGUCUGUUGCGAAUGUGAGAAAUUUCCAGUAUCAAACCAAAUCAUUGAUGGAUGGACGGCAAGCCCUUUUAAAACAUGUCCUAAACUAGAUCAUAAAUAAUCGAUUUUAAUGAAAAUAUUUAUUUAUAACAUUUUAAUGUCUUAAUUUAUAUACAUACAUAGAAAUAACAGGUAUCCUUGUACAUUCUUAAUAAAUUAUCAUGGAUAUACAUGUUUAAUUCAUUAAAAUAAAUAAUAUAUCAUCCAACUACAACCAUUA